AUGUGGGUUUGUCGCAGAUUUUCCACAAAAUGUUCUUAUUUCAAUGCGUACAUGUUUAUGGAAACCGCUAACACCAAUGGCUAUAAUAUUGACGACACUGUAACUGUUGCAAAUUACAAUAACAACGCUUGCUCUCCUUCACUUGUGCAAUAUUCGCAAUCAAAAUCUGAUCAUACGAUUGAUUCUAUGGCUCCCCGUACAGUCUCUGUUCCCUUUGGUAGUGUAUACACGACAACCAAUUCGCUAUCGGCCACAAAAUCAGCAUUUAAUUCCUCCGUAUCUUCAGCCUUAUUGAAAGUAGUGAUGGAUAAGCAGAGUCCGUUUCAUUUUCAACGUUUUGCCACUUGCACUUCUCAAGCAGUUCUAUCUGUUGAAUCCGGUGAGAAAAGAUUGCAUCAAAUUGCCUCACGAUGCAAUCUAGCUGAGAUGCGGGCGUUGCGCAUCAUGUCUAAUAUUGGUCAGCUUAACACAAUGUCGCGCAACCAGCCGUGCGGCAUCUUCGCUGAUAACUUGUCUGAUGUGACAGAGUCAAGCUCUGACGAUGACGAAGUACGGGAUGGUUUUCAGCAAUCAGAGACGUGGCUCCGGAAUCGUGCGGUUUUGCGUUGUCAUUGGUCCCUUCUACAAUCGGAAAUGGUCAAGGCGAUGGAUUGUUUGAAAAAUCUUAAGCCUUUGCGUUACCGUUGCAGAAAAUGGCGGAAGUCCCUUCCACUUCUUGCACAAGGCGGUUUGAUCGAAAGAAAUCUGGAAACGACAAGUCGUGUUCGUCCUUUUGAGAAGUCAGACAAACCAAGGCAUUAUUAUUAUGACUUGUCCUCUUUUUCUCAGGUGGAUUUCAAAUUCCCUGGCAGCGCCAAACCCGUCUGCAUAACACAUCCCCACUGCCGACAAACGUUCGCUAUGAGUUGCAUUUACUGCUGUCCUGCUUUCAAUAAAGAAACCGAGGUCGGUGUGACGCUCCCGGUUUCCAACAUUACAGAAAAAUCCAUCACUCUUGACAAAUUGAAAUGUCAGACCCGUCGAGCUGAGCAUCCUAAACAACUUAAGAAGGAUCCUGCGCUUCAUCAAGUUCAUCAGUCGAGAUACAGAGAUGGUCUCCCCUCCUGUUCAUCCGGAGUAUCAUCAACGAGUUCGCAGGAUGGUUACGAUUCCAGGCGUUAUUCCACUCUCUCGCAGUCCAUGAACCGACAAUCGUUUUAUAACAGACCAGUUAGUGACGACUGCAUGAACUAUUUUGAUUUCUCUUUAAACACUUUUAAAGAGACGAACUAUCGUCCCAGAAAGUUCGAAAGUGCGAAGCAAAUACCAGUUCCUUUGUGGCGAAAAGUUUCUUAUCCGUCAACAUUAGAUGUUGGGAAACGAGCUGAAGGUUCGGGUAUCUCGCACAGUCCUCGCGUCGCCAAUUCUCCCAAAAAUAGUCAGAUUAUGUGUAACUGCCGAAUUUCUCCACUAAACAGUGGACAGCUUGAAGAUGUGGCGGAUACGUGCUACGAGCAUUUGCAUUUGGCGGUGGCAGAGUACCACCGAAAAGUUGAUUAUCCUCUCUCCUUUAAAUUUCCGCCCUCUUCGAAUCUGUCAGACUUAUCCUAA